GGGGGCCGUGAGGAAUGUUGGUGUACGUGCGUUUCACCAAGUAAAACGUCCGAAAGAAAAGUCUUUGGCAGUGAUUCAAGUCGCCAAGCCUGUCAAACUAUCACACUCGACAUAGCCGAUCUGUUAACAGUUUGUUUUACAAUCGCCAGGAGACGCAAGUCAAGGAUGGCCAUCCUACAGCGGAGCUGCUGCGGUUGUUGUGACGUCAAGACCGGCUCCAUCGUGGUGGCAGUCACCUGGAUCGUUCUCACCCUGAUUGGACUCGGCUAUACCUCCUAUAGCGUGUACGCGACCUCCCUAUUCGGAGCCGUGUCACCGACCAACAUCGUCCUGCUCAUCGUCUAUAUCGUGAAUCUCAUCACUCAUAUUCUGCUCAUCAUCGGGGUGGUCCAGGAAGCACGUCCGCUGGUUCUGACCUGGGUGAUCGUCACUAUCAUCUGCACUGCGGUGUCUCUGAUCGUCUACAUCUAUGUGACAGUGGCGUCUCUAGCACUCAUCGCGACCAUUUCUGCUGAAAGCGAAAUCCAAGCCGCUAUCGUGGGGGCCAGUGUUGCGGGUAUCGCUAUCGCUUGGAUCAUCUGGGGAGUUUUCUUUAUCCUGACGGUGUACGGCUGCCUUGUGGUGUUUUCGCACUACCAGAACCUCCGUGACGCGGCAAUGGGACAGGGCCAGCAGCAGAUGGUGGUGAUUGGGAACCAACCCGGCAUGGCAGGCAACCAGUCUUACAUGGUGGGCAACCAACCCGGCAUGGCAGGCAACCAGCCCUAUAUGGUGGGCAACCAACCCACCAUGGCGGACAACCAGCCUUACGGCAGCCAACCGGUCAUGGAGAACAAGCAACCCGCUAUGAUGGGUCCCCAACCGGGUUUGGGCCAAGUAUCCCACGACGUGAAGCUGUGAGCGAUGGAGGAACUGCAUCACUGAGACAACACGAAGAUCCACUGCUAUUUCAUUAGUGCAGCAAUGCUUUUACCUAGCACUUUUUCUAAUAUUAAUAUAAUGUAAUGUAUUGUAUUGAUACGUAAAGCAAAUGGGUAGAAGAACAAACAUGAAUGUAUUGAUCCUACAAAUGCAAGUUAAUUGUACUAUGCGUAGUUUUGUAUGGGCGAUUAAACUAGAGAAAAAAAGGAAAGUGUUCUGACAGAUAUAGAUCUAAUCGAUUCACGGUGUGUUGAAAUGUGGUUACGUAUUCUGCUUCUUAGGUAAAUUCUAUGAACCGUCUGCAAAAUGAACAAUAUUUUAGUUUUUUAUGUGCCUUUUUCGACGUUCCAGUAAGGCCACAGCAAGUGAUUUUCAUGGGAGACAUCAGCACGCGCAUUGUUUUGUCUAAUUUUGUAAAAACAACACAAGAAAUUCUGUGACACUCUGACACUAGUCAAUUUGCCAAAAUGGGCAAAAUGUCUGUUGCCAUGCUGGAACGUGGAUUGCAGAUAGACAUGAAGACAGAAGACACGACAAGGCUAUGAUUUAUUGAUUAAAAACUUUAAUCUUUCAAUGACAAUGGAUUUGUAAUUUUGUAGUUUACAGAAGCACAGAAUAGGUUUCAUUAAUUGUUUAACAAUGUUUAUGGUGUUUGUUCAUGUCGAAAGUUGAAAAUGUAGGAAUCUUGUUUUUUGGGCCCGCCUUGUUUUAU